CUUGACUUUGAUUUACGAUUCAUCAGAUUCAGCGACUACAUGCGUGCACGGGCACAGGUCAGCAGGAUUGGUGUGAAGACUUCUGGCACAGCAGUAGCAGCCGUAAGUUGCUCGCAAUCAAGUGUGCCACAUUCACAUUCACAUUCACAUCCACAUUCACAUCCAGACCCACAUUCCCAUUCACAUUCUCCAUGCGCACCACACCUACACCGCAAGCAGACUAGUGACGCAGCUACGCAUCGUCAAGCUCGGACAAGACUCAGUAGUGUCGCUUCAUACACGAAUCUCUGCUCUAUGAGCGGCAUCCUUAGGGAUCUGCCUAACGCAUUCAUCAGUCCAUCGGCCAGUCUCAUCGCAAAGUCAAAGGUCGAUCGCUAGACCACAGGGGAACGUCCUUUCAAGCGUCGGCUAUCCGUCGAUCGACGUGGUUUACCAGGCGGAAAUUUCUCUCACCCAGCGAAUGGGGCUCGAGUAUUGAGCACGGAGAUUUGUUCACGAUGUCAUCGUUGCCCUUUGCAGGGGCCAAAAGCGGCGCGGCAGCUGUUCCACAAGUAUCGCGGACAGGUCAGGCUGCUGCAUCCACGUCGAUGACAGCAGGUGCGAUCGUGGAUGACAUUCCGUACGAUCAGCUGGCACAGCUCUCCAAGACGAUGGGAAGCGUCAUCAGGUCGCUGUUGGAGCUUCAGAAUCAGCUUCACAAUUCUUACGCUCCGGACGAUUGGUCAAAGCUGUUGACUCAGCACAUGGAGCUCAUUUCGGCAACUCACACCCUCACCUCACUUCUAGCAUCACCGACACCGACGCAUGACGCGCAAAUGGCAUUUCUCAACACCUUCCUCGCAGCAGAGGCAGACGCGAACAAUCUGUAUGCUGGGAAUGUCUCUGACGGAGGCUCGCAGGCCAUCGCUGGCUCGGGUGUGGAUGCUUUGGGUCUGCCUGUGGACGGGUCUCUGUCAAAAGGGCAGCAGAGACAUGCGACGGCCGAAGGAACCCCGAGGGUGGAUUACUCCAACGAGGUUAGACGAGAAAGGGGCAACCUAUUGGAAAGAGUUGCAGUUCAUCCCUCGGGUGUUUUGGAUGCGGAACAGAAAGCUAGACUGACCGAAUUUCUUCGCGCGAGGGUAGACUUUGGACUGGAGAAUGCGUGGGAGCAGGGAUGGCACGAAUGGUGUGUCCAGCAUCCCGUCUCACAAGAACCUGCAGCAUCAGCACCAGCGCAGCGCAAUGCAACAUUUGCGAGCGCUACGGCGGCGGAAGAACAGACCAGGAAAGAAGCAAAGAGACGUCUAAGGAUUGCUAGAUCUGAACAGAGAAAGCAUGACGAUGCGUCCAUUGCUUGCUUAAGAGCUUAUUGGCACCUCAAACAACAACCUGAUGAGAAUGGAGAAAAGUACGAUUGGAAAAUGCGGAUCAGCGAUGAGGAGCUUAGGGAAAUGGAAGCGGAGGAUGCGGAGCAGCAGGGGGAGCAAGACGGGGAAGAAGAUCAGAUGAAUGUCGAUUAGACUCCUUGGAGCUUCCGAAGCUUACAGUUGGACCCCCAAGGAAGAAUGGAAGCUGCCCGCAAGCUCGUCCCGCCCUUGCGUCACUCUAGCACUGAACAUUUGUUUGUUCAUGCUCGGUCAUGUAUUGCUAGCAAAUGUCACCAGAUCAAGUUCGGCAGUCAGAACGGGACCCAUCGAUUGACACUUGGGCGAUAAAGGUAUCCAGUUG